GGGCGAUACUUGAAAGGGGUGGGAAAUAACGAAAGUUGUAACGUCUUACGGGAGUCGUGUCGCUACUUCCAAGGAAAUAACAUCUUAUAGGAUAGGAAAUAAAUUCAGAUAUCGGCGCGGAGUAUCAAUCCCGGAAAGAUGUCCAGGCCAAUUCUGAGUAGGCCGCGUACGCGAGUGUACGGAUGCAACUACGACAAAGGGGAAUCGUAUUACAAGCCGAUGGUCGAUCACUUAGACCGAAAAUACAGCGCCCGGCCGCUGUUCUCCGAGCCGAGAAAUUCGUUGGCCGACGAGAUAGCAGCCCGACGCGGCGACAUCGGCACGCGCGACUUCUCCGGUCCUCGCCAAAGUCCCUUCGGUCGUGACCUUGACCUCGAAACAGAUCCCUCGGUCCGCGCCACAUCUCGUUUACCUCUACCCUUCCUGGCUACCGUCGACAACCCGUUCCCCGCCGAGGAUGAGGAUAUCGUCUACGAUAGCCGUGGCCAGCGUGGUCGUCGAUUCGCUGAAAAUUUCGCCAACGACGUCGCCGCGACGACGCAACACCUGAAAACGAAGAUAGCAACUGCGGUCGGGUUCGACGACGAGAAAGAUGAUUUCGGGGGUUUUGGAGUCUCGCGACACUUACGUCAGGAGCAGGACCGGUUGAAAAUGUUCAGCACCGGCGCGAAGGACGUGAAGUCGCUCAGCGAGGAAGCCGAGACGACGUUCAAACGACGAUCAAAACUGUUCGACGAGAUAGACGCGGCCCCGUCGUCACUCACUAAAUGGACAAAGAUGCUCGGUGAGGAUGAAGCCUCCGCCUCGAGUAGCGCUGCUGCUACGAGAGCCAAACGGACUAAAGCUCGUCUGAACGAUCUCGAGUCGGAGAUGGAAGAACUGGCCGACAGACAGGCGAAAAGGGAGCGCAGGGCAGCUGCCCUCAGAGCGCUGAUCAACGAGAACGCAGCCGCGACCGCUGACAUUGACAACAUUCAAGAACGGUCAGCCAUCGUUAGCAAGAAGGUCACCAUUCGCAGCGAGCAUGCCGACAAACAUGUCACCUUUUAAAUAGGAUCGUUGAGUACUUGAAGAGAGAAACAAGCAUACGAAUAGUAUUAAAGGAGCUUUGUUUUAUUCGAACCGUGCAACUGUUCGCGGCUCAUCGUCCGACCCCUCCUCUUAUAUUCAAAUUCUAAUCCCUAGGCUAAACAUUUUUCUGCAAUUUAUUUCGCACGAUCGAAAUAAACUUAUAGUGAAAAAAGAAGGUUUGGAGACCAAGUCCAGCCAUGAUUUGUAUAAAAACGAAGAGAUAUUCGAAUCUUCGUGUACAUGGAAAAUAUAUAACAAUGUAUGUGACUGAGGAAUAGCGUUCAUACAUACUUACAUACAUACAUACAUACAUACAUACAUACGUGUACGCCGUGCCUACGUAAUUACGUAUAGCUGAGAAUUGUAUCGCUGGUUUUAAUUCACUUCACAUUCAACCUCUUCAGGGACUUAGGCACGUUUAGUUUAAAUUAAAAUUAUUCCAAACGAAAAGACAGAUUAUUCGUAAUAAAAAGGAUAAUUAAAUUGAUUUCCUUUCACUUGAAAUGUUCUCCAUUGAAGAGGUCAGAGAUUGACCUAAAGUUCACGUUUGACACACUUUAUGGCUCAUCCAGCAUCCUGUUCAUCCUUGAUCCUCACGACGAUUGUACGAAACAGAUGAAAAAAGACAAUUAGAUGUUACUUAGGACCGAUGCACGCAAAUUCGUUUCACUAUACAUUAUAUGUGUAUGUAUAUAUAUGUCACAUAUCCAUAUCCAUCUAUCCUGACGCGUAUGUACACCUUUGCAUCACAUAUGUAUAUACAUAUACGUUCACGUACCGCCUUAGCCCGCGCAUCUUGCUUUGUACGACAUAGUCGAUCAUCGAGAAAUGUAUGUGAAAUGAAAAUAAAAGAUAUCUCUUUUA